AUGGUAGAUAGAGGCUACGCCACAAAAGGGUAGAAAAGUGGCUCGGCGAAUUCACUGCUGCUUCUGUCACAGUCUCCUCACACACCCACUUCGCCCUCCGCCAUCGACACCGGCACGGCCCUCUUUAACAAGUGCGAAGAACGACGACGAUAGCAAUAACUGCUGUUGUUUUGGCGAAUGCUGGAACGCGUGCCCUAGGACCUUCCGCUCCUCCUCCGUGGAAGAAGGAAAAUUGAGAAGUGCUUAGAGUAUAAGAAACACGCUGGUGAGGAGUUGACUUUGGAUUAAAUGAUGGUGGGGUAGAGAGUAGAGAAAGGGAGGUUUAAAGAUGCCGAGGCCAGGGCCGAGGCCUUAUGAGUGUGUGAGGCGUGCUUGGCACAGCGACAGGCACCAAACUAUUCGAGGCUCCAUCAUUCAAGAGAUCUUUAGAGUGGCCAAUGAUGUUCACAGCCCUGCGACCAGGAAGAACAAAGAGUUUCAGGAGAAGCUCCCGUUCGUCGUUCUCAAGGCCGAGGAGAUCAUGUACUCCAAAGCCAACUCCGAGGCGGAGUAUGUGGACUCCAAAACACUACAGGACCGAGUUAAUGAUGCAAUUGACACCAUCAUUCGUAAGGAAGACGCCCUUGAGAGUGGAGACCUCUUGCAGCCCUGUAUUGAAGCGGCUCUGAAUCUUGGUUGUGUUCCCAGAAGAGUUUCAAAGAGCCAGCAUCGCAGCAACCCAGGGUGCUAUCUCAGCCCCAUAGCACAUGAUGUUAGAGCUGCCUCUGUGAAAAUCUCAGAUAGUAAUAGGCCCAACCUAGAUUAUAUGUUGGGGAUAACUCCUAGCCUUAGCAACCCACAAAACUCUGCUUCACAGUUUCCAUCCUGGUACACUGCCUUGUUUAAACCCACACACAUGACUUGUAGCAGCUUCCCAGAGAUCAAGUUCAACAACUCUGAUGUACCUCGUGGGCAUGCAAAUUCCUCUAUUUUCAACAGGAGUGGGUGUCCCAUCGCCACCAAGCCUCCUGCAUCUUAUCAAGAAAGGGUGUCUGGUCCGUUAGCAAACUGUACCACUCCGAACCUGGCUGGAGUAUAUCCUUUAUACUAUAGUGACAAUCAAGCCGCAGUUGUUUCGUGUCCUUUCCAAAUUACUCGGGGCCCAAGACAUCAUUUAGCAACUGGCACUGCUCAUUGUGCUGAGUCCCUUGGUGAGGCUGAGAUCCAUUUUGCAGCGAGCCCUAUUGGCAACAGAAACACCAUUGGUGCCUCAAGAGGUGAUUCAAGCCACAUGGAAACAUCCAAAAUCGGAUGGGACUUGUCGCUCCGAUUGGGACUGCCUUCACCUCCAUCCUUUGAAGAAAGUACUUGGACAAAUGAUCAUGAAGACGCUGGAUCAAGUAACUUGAGUGGUGCAAGCAAGUACUACGGCCUUCCUGUUGCAAGAGAAAGUGCUAUAAACCUCAGACAUUUGAUGUUUCCUUAGCUCUUAAUCUCCUCAUGAAUUCUUUGCAUAUGGUUGUCAGAAGGGCAAAAGCACAUUUCAUGUUGAUGGUUACAUUAAAAAUGCACAGGGCACUGAAAAGCGAUCAUUUCGGUCUUAUCUACGUACUGACAGAUGCACAAGGUUUCUUUCUACCAAGCAGCUGCUAUUCAUCAUACCGGAGGCACCUAACCUUUAAAAGCAGAAUUCUGCAUGCGAUAUUGGACUAUCAAUCAUCAGAAUUUGCAGCAAAUGUGUCAAAAGGAAUCCUUUAGAGCAUCUGUCAUAUUGUAUUAUCUGAAAAGACCAUGUGGUGCAGCCUAUAUUAGUAGUGUUCUGAACACUCUGUUAGACUAUAUGGAAGGAUGUAUUGUGUUUUGCACUCCAACAUACUGGCAUGUGUAUUUUGUUGCCUCGUUGGCAUUAAAAUGAUGGUCAGCUGGUUGUGCUCUUUCCACAA